AUGAAACGGCUCCCUAGUGAACAAAUGAAAUUGAUCGUGACUUCACCACCGUAUAACUUGGACAAAGAAUACGAGACAAAGUCGUCAUUCGAUGACUAUCUUGAGGCACAGAAAUCGGUGAUAUCCGAGGGUGUUCGCCUUUUGCACGACCGCGGAACGCUGUGCUGGCAGGUGGGUAAUUACGUCGAGAAUGGCGAGAUUAUUCCAUUGGAUGCUGUCUUAUACCCUAUCUUUCGUCAGCAUGGGCUCAAACUUCGCAACCGGAUUAUUUGGCACUUUGGGCACGGAUUGCAUUCGACACGAAGAUUGUCGGACCGUUACGAGACGAUUAAUUGGUGGACUAAAAGCGACGAUUACACCUGGAACCUGGACACUAUUCGCGUACCAGCAAAAUAUCCGGGGAAACGACAUUUCAAGGGUCCCAACAUAGGGGAAAUAUCUGGUAAUCCCAAAGGCAAGAAUCCUGGUGACGUUUGGGAAAUCCCAAAUGUGAAAAGUAAUCAUCUGGAAAAGACGAUUCAUCCUUGCCAAUUCCCGGUGGAGCUAGUAGAACGGCUGGUCGUGUCUAUGACUGACCUCCACGAUUCCAUAUUAGAUCCGUACAUGGGCGUGGGUUCAUCGGUGAUCGCCGCUUUGAAACAUGGACGCUCGGCUUAUGUAUGCGAUACGGUCCGCGAAUACGUAACCAUAGCCCGGCAGAGGGUGCACCAAUGGGAUCUGGGCGUCUUCAAAACUCGCCCGAUGGGCAAGCCCAUCUAUGAUACAUCCAAGCCGCGGGGCGGCCAAUCAUGA